UCCAACAACCCCAGCUAGAUCAGAUUCGAUAGCAUUGCUGCAAUCAGCAAGGGCUUGAUUCUUCUCUUUGCGACUAGAAUCGCACUUUUGGCAUCUGUUUUUUUUUUUUGUUUUUGUUUUUGUUUUUUUGGAUUGUAUAGGAAUUGCUUCGUAGUCAUUCUUGGUUGCGGGUGGUUUACUUGUUUCGGCCGUUUCCUAUUAACGGUCGCUCGGCAUUCACGAGGAUAAAAAGCAUACAGCCCCCAAUAUCUACCCCGACGGUUUCAGUAUAUUGAACGCACCGGAUCAACCCCAACAGAGUCGCUUCAGGACAACCCCGUGCAUCAUGGCUGCCGCUAUCCAAAGCCUUCAGGCCUCUCUGGAGCGGAUCAUACUAGACCCUCGUUACCAUGACAUCCUCGCCGUCGUCAAGGGCGCACGCAAUGGUGCCGUCUAUGGCACCAAAGUUCGCUUCCCCCACGCGCUGGUAUUACGGGAGAAGCUCUGGCUCGUGUUCCGCGCAACGCGAACGCACGCCCGUAACUUGGCCAAGUUUGUCACCAUUUACAAGUUCACCUGCUUCCUUUUGAAGCACUACGGACCCACGCCAGGCAAGGAGGGCCCAUAUGACACCUUCGUGGCCGGCAUGCUCGGCGGCUACCUCGUCUUUGGAGGCCGCUCGAGCCGCACAGGCAAGAUCAGCAGUGUAAACCAGCAGAUCGUCGUCUACGUGUUCGCACGUGUCGUUCUUGCCCUGGCCCGCUUGGCAGUCAAGCCUGGCUUCGGACUGCCCGUCGUCUCGGAACCUGGCAACUCUGCUGCAAUCAGCUACUAUGCCUGGCCCGUAUUCGCUGCCACGAGCUGGGGACUUGUCAUGCACCUGUUCCGGUACCACGCCGCCGAACUUCAGCCCAGCCUGAGGAGCAGCAUGACAUACUUGUAUCUGCAAAGCAAUGAAUGGGACGGCCUGAGGAACUUUCUUUGGCAUAACAAAUAGCACUUGACUUUCUUCACUCGUCGAAUGAAAACGUAGACAUCACAUGAAUACAUAUAACUUUGUCCAGC